GUAUCACGUCACAGUCGGUACUUCCGGCAUAAUGUUUUUAGCAGACCCAGGGAUGUGGCUUGCUAGGGUACUGUGACUGUGUUCUUCAACCAUGUUCUUUUAAUCAUUUUAAACUGGAUGAUUUUGGACAUGACUUCAUCAAAGUUGAAUCCUGGACUUCAAAACUCUGCUACGCCGACCUCCUUUGUGGAGCAGGUCGGACUGGUUUGCGUGGGGAUGGACAACCAGAGCUACACCUGUGCAUCUGGCCGCUGCUGUGGAGACGCCGAAUGCUGCCUUAACUACUACGAGCUGUGGUGGUUCUGGCUGGUCUGGGCUUUGAUCAUCAUUCUGACGGGUUUUUGCAUCUGUCACCACUGGCGGGCCAAGCAGCGCUUCCAGCAGCAGCGGCGGCAGAACGAGAUCAACCUCAUCGCCUACAGGGAGGUCAACAACAACUCGCAAUUACCACUCUAUCUCAGGUUCCUGCCAGUCUACCUGCUGCCAGCCUAUGAGGACGCAGUCGACCGACCACAAACCCCCCCUCCCCCCUACACGCCCCUCCAGUUGGCGCCACCAUGCUCUGACCCCAUAGAGGAUGUCUGCGGCUCCUGCUCGGGUGCCUCCACGGAGCACGACGAUAACGCCGACCCCCAGGAGGCAACGCAGAUCUACUCCAGUGGCCCCAGUACCCCCGACAAGGACUCCACACCGGGCCGGUACCGGCGGUUCACGGGCGAUUCUGGCAUCGAAGUGUGUGACAGCCAGGAUCCUUUGUGGGACAGAGAGGAGGUGUUAGAGGAGGGGGGCGGUCCGCAGGCCAAGCCUCCUGGGUGACCAUGUCGGGGGUUGGCGAGUAACAGGAACAUCUACCUCACAGGGACAGCUCCGGAACCGGGGGGGGGGGAGGGGGACCCAAACACCCAGGUUCUAGCAGAGAUUCUGUGGAUCCAGACCAGCAGCCUUUAAUGAGAUGCUGGGUUCAUUUCUAAGGAAUGUCUUUUUUUUCUAAUUGAAAUGUGUUGGAGGAGACAUUUGGUUUGACUGUCAGCUUUACGUCUGUUUCGGUUCUUUGUAUGAAAACCACUAGCGAUUAUUUUACAGAUUCAUCUUUUUUACGAUUAAUAAUCGGAUAGCCAAAGGUUCCUUAAAGAAGACUUUUCUAUGAAAUCAGACCGGGUGAAACUAAAACCUUUUCACUUGAAGAGUUCUGGAUUAUUACGACGGAGUAUCAGGGCCAGGUUAGAGAUUUUUUUAUUUUGAGAGUAAAGUCGUGACAUUACGAGAAUAAAGUGGUAAUAUUAUAAGAAUGAAGUCAUCACACCACAACCCGUUUCAGAGAGAAUGCUUCGAGCUCUGACCAGCAGAUGACGGCCGACCAGCUCCACCAACCACAGUCCACUUGACUUCCUGCCCAAUUUGAUGCUGGUGCUAAAAGAUUUCCUUAUUUGUCAAACCAGAGCCAAAGUAUAACUUCACAUGAUGCUCAACAUCCCUCAUUUUAGGGAAGAAAGGAGUUUAAAAAAAAAGACUUGUUUCUCGUAAUGUUAGAACUUUAUCCUCUUAAUAUUACGACUUUAUUCUCCUAAUUUUAUUACUUUAUUCUCACAAUGUUACGAGUAUAUUCUCAUAAUUGUAUGACUGUUCUCGUUGCGACUUUA